GCGACGCUUUCCAACGGUAUACGAAUAGUCCGGCGUACGCGCGACUGGCGAUUUAUUAUUAAUCUCGCUGCGUUGUCGCGCUUACGAUAGUGUGCCCGUAAUCAAACGGAACGUGCACAAUGGGGAGUGACUCGCGAUGCAGUUUUUAUCUUCCCGGCGUAACCCUUGCGUCCCGUCUCGACGACAGACACCGUUCGCGAAUCUCGACGUGACAAAUCCCCAGAACGCACCAUGCCCGUCUGUCUUGGCACCGAUCGCACCGGCGCCAUCGAGUUCCGGAUGCUCAGCGAGGACCGAGUCGAGGAUGCCCUGGUCGUGCAGCAGCUUUCCAUGCGGCAGGAGUGCAUCGCGAUCGGUAUGGGCAUGUACGAGGAUCCCGGCGCUCCCGAAGAGAUGCAACUGGUCUUCAGAGAGGUCAUCAAGGACGGGUGUACGGUGAUCGCGGUCGAUCGAUCGGACCGGAUUGUCGCCGUGGCGUUCAACAAGUUACACACACCUCCCCAGCCGGAAGACACGGAUCCCUUCGCAUUUUUUGUAGAAAAUAACAUCAAGCAUCGCUCGUGCCGGGAUCUGAUUGAGUUCAUCGACGACGUCGAAUCGCGAGUGGACAUCUUCGAGAAGUACAACGCGCGGGGCGCUAUGGAAAUCUUCUAUAUAGGCACAAAUCCGAAGUGUCAGGAGCAAGGUAUCGGCUGGCAGAUCACGGAGAAGAGCCUCGAGGUGGCGCGGGGCUUGCGCGCCCGGAAGCUGAAGCAGAUCUGCGUAGCCGACGAGAUCGUCAACGAGCACGUGCGACCGGAGGUGGUUUUCGCCGUCGCCGCCUCGUUGUUCAGCCAACGAAUCAUGGAGAAGCUGAACUUCGAGACGCUCGCCGAGGCGCGAUACGAAGAUUACGUACGCGCCGGCAAGAAGAUGUCCGACAGGAUAGGUCACGUGCACAAGACGGCCAAAUUGACUGCCCGUAAGCUAUGAUGACGUAGGGCUCUCAUCCUUAAGUUAAAAUAGAAGUAUUACUAGUAUUAGUAGAAGUAUUACUAGUUUUACGAAAGAAUAAUUUGCAGCAUGCUGUAAUGCCAUUAAUAGAAUGUAUUAAUAGAAUGUAUUAUUUAUACAAAAUAAUACAAAUAGUAAUGUUAGUUAUGAGCGCGUUAAUCAAUUUAAAAUUAUAAACAUAUUGAAGUUAAAAUGUACAAAAACUGUUGAGAGAUUAAUAUUAUGAAUUAUAUAAAAUAUUUAUAUCUAUAUACACAAAGAAAUCGGCGAAAAUAAAGCUUGUGUUACGUACUCAUUACUUUGUAAAUUAUUAAAAUUUAUAAAUUACUGAAAAUAUA